AUGGCAACAAUACUAGGAACUUCUUCCACUGCAAUUUUGGCAUCUAGAACUUUCUCCAAAACUUCCAUCCCCUCUCUCUCUGUAGCCUCCUCAGGGCUGAGUUUUCGGAGGAAGUGUUAUGGAGGGAUUGAUCUUGUGGGUAAGAAAGGGAGGCCUCAAUUUCAUGUUGCAGUUGCCAGUGUUGCAACUGACAUUGGCUCUGUCGAGGCCCAGAAGGCUACUGCUAAGGAAAGCCAGAGACCAGUGUAUCCAUUUGCUGCUAUAGUAGGGCAAGAUGAGAUGAAGCUGUGCCUUUUGCUAAAUGUGAUUGAUCCCAAGAUUGGAGGUGUCAUGAUCAUGGGUGAUAGAGGGACCGGGAAGUCCACCACUGUUAGGUCCUUGGUUGAUUUACUUCCUGAAAUUAAGGUGGUUGCUGGUGACCCCUAUAACUCAGAUCCUGAAGAUCCAGAGUCGAUGGGUAUUGAAGUCAGGGAGAGUGUAGUGAAAGGGGAGGAUCUCACUGUUGUCCUGACCAAAAUUAACAUGGUUGAUUUGCCAUUGGGAGCUACGGAGGAUAGGGUUUGUGGGACAAUUGACAUUGAAAAGGCUCUCACUGAGGGUGUAAAGGCAUUUGAGCCUGGUCUUCUUGCUAAAGCUAAUAGAGGGAUCCUUUAUGUGGACGAAGUUAAUCUUUUGGAUGACCACUUGGUGGAUGUUCUUCUAGAUUCUGCUGCAUCAGGCUGGAACACAGUAGAGAGAGAGGGUAUCUCAAUUUCACAUCCUGCUCGGUUUAUUUUGAUUGGUUCGGGCAAUCCUGAAGAAGGAGAGCUGAGGCCACAGCUACUUGAUAGAUUUGGAAUGCAUGCACAAGUGGGGACUGUGAGGGAUGCAGAGCUCAGAGUGAAAAUUGUGGAAGAGAGAGCUCGAUUUGACAAAAAUCCGAAGGAGUUUCGCAAUUCUUAUAAGGCAGAACAAGAGAAACUCCAGCAACAAAUUACCUCAGCUAGGAGUUCUCUUUCAUCUGUACAGAUAGAUCAUGAUCUGAAGGUUAAAAUCUCCAAGGUUUGUUCAGAGCUGAAUGUUGAUGGAUUGAGAGGAGACAUUGUGACGAACAGAGCUGCAAAAGCUCUUGCUGCCUUGAAGGGUAGGAAUCAAGUAACUGCAGAAGAUAUUGCUGUUGUCAUCCCCAAUUGUUUAAGACACCGACUUCGGAAGGAUCCCUUGGAGUCAAUUGACUCGGGUUUACUUGUCAGUGAGAAAUUUUAUGAGGUUUUUAGCUGA